UGCACUCACCGCUAUAACCCUUAACUUUUCUCACAAUGGCACAACCAUCAUUUCGCUACAGUGAUAUUCCAUACCAACAAAGCCUCUGCACCCAGGUGGCGAAGGCAGGCACCGCCGUCACCGCCGGUGGCUCCCUCCUUGUACUUGGGGCCUUAGUCUUGACCGGCACUGUCAUUUGUCUCACCGCUGUGACUCCACUGUUUGUGAUUUUCAGUCCUGUUUUGGUUCCUGCAGUUAUGGGUGUGGGUGUUCUGAGCAUAGGAUUCUUGGUCUCCGGUGGGUUGGGUGUGAUGGCUAUGACCGUGUUGGCUUGGAUCUACAGAUAUGUGAGUGGGAAGCACCUACCUGGUGCUCAUCAAUUGGACACUGCUCGUCACAUGCUCUUCAACAAGGCUCGGGAGAUCAAGGACUAUGGUCACCACCAGAUCAGUGGUGGGGCUCUGGCUUCUUAAUCACCCUUCUUAGUCAAUCAAUAAACAAACUUAAAUUUCCUUCUGUUUAUGUGCCUUGGCUUUUCUCAACAUCACUUACUUUUGCUGCUGUAAUGUGUUUUCAGUGCCACUAUAUUAAGAAGGAUCUAUUUGCAUUUUGCAUUUUUUUUAUUAGUUAA